AGGGUGAGAUUUGAACCACGUAACCACUACGUACCAGACGACGCGACCAAGACGUAUAAAGCAAAACCGCCACCACACCCAAGCCUUCACGAUUGCUCUCGGAGCUGCAGGGGAUUGAAAACAGUUGGGAUUACACUAUUUCCUUUGACCGUUUCCACGAUCUGUUCUUAAAUACUUCAUCAUCGAUUCUAGAUACCGAUUAACCCUUCUUUCAAAGAAUCAGACGAUUGGUAAACUCUUUCCCGCUCGUUCGUUCAUGAGCCGUAUAGAUCAACGAACGCACGUUAAAUAAGAAGAGCAGAACGGAGAGAGACAAGCGAGCGAUCGGAUGAUAGAGAUGGGAUCGGGCGCCAGUGUGAAGAUCUCACCUACGACCUACCACAAAGAAUCAGCACAUAUGUGUAAUAUACAGGUGGCAUGGAGGAGAAACAAAAAGAUUGAGAAAAUGCUUCAUGCAGCAAAAUUGGAAGCUUCCAAAACAGUGAAACUUCUCUUAUUAGGUGCGGGUGAAUCAGGAAAGAGUACAAUCGCAAAGCAAUUAAGAUUGAUUCAUUUGGAAGGCUUCAAUGAGGAUGAGCGUCACGUGUUUAGUCACAUCAUACGAUCAAACGUUACAGAGUCUAUCUUAUCACUCUUAGGUGCUAUCAACAAACUUGACAUUAAACACAAUGACCCGAAAUUUGAGAACGAUGCAGCCUAUUUCUACUCCUACAUGGAAAUGAUAGGAACACGUGAUCAUGAAUUCACCCCUGAGUUAACCCAAGUAAUGGAUAGGAUAUGGAAUUACCAUGGCAUCCAGGAAUGUUACAGAAGAAGAAAUGAGUUCCAGCUCCUCGACAACGCAAGCUAUUUCUUCGGAAGAUUAUCUGCUAUCUCAAGUGAUAACUAUAUUCCAUGCGAUGAUGAUAUUAUCAGAGCAAGACUCAAAUCAACGGGAAUUAUCGCUACAGAAUUCAAAUUUAGAAAACGAAAAUUUGUGGUUGUUGAUAUAGGUGGCCAACGCACAGAGAGACGGAAAUGGAUACAUUGUUUUGAUGACGUCACAGCAAUCAUGUAUACUGUGGCUAUUAGUGCCUUCGACCAGAAGCUGAGAGAGGAUCCUAAAAAGAAUCGGAUGAUGGAAAGUAUGGAGAUAUUCAAUGCGGUAUGUAACAGUAUGUGGUUUAGAAAGACGCCACUCAUGAUCUUCUUCAAUAAAAUGGACCUGUUUAAAGAGAAGAUAAAGACCAUCCCACUCUCUGUCUUCUGUCCAGAGUAUACAGGAUCCAAUAGCUCCCGCGAAGCAAGAAAUUACAUCUGCGACAAGUUUCUGGCACUGAACAAAUUUCGUCAUCGUCAAAUCUACCAUCAUUUUACAGUAGCCACUGAUACAGGCAAUAUUCAAUUUGUGUUUGAUUCUUGCGCAGAUGUUAUCUUGAAGAGUUCUCUCGAAUCAAUUGGAAUGUUCUAAGAAACUGCAUCAGUUGUGUCUUUGAUAUGAUUCAAUGCAUUUGCGACUGUCUGUAUCUUCUAAGAAUGUACUGUACAUGUCUUUGAUGAAGGCUUUCGUUGUGGAGAAGGUUCAGAUCAGAAUUGUCAUCCAGGGCUCCCCUCAUCAGAAAGAAUUAUAAUAAAAAAUGACUCGUCAAUAUUAAGAGCGACUGGAUUUUUAAACCAAUCAGGAGUGGUGAUUGAGGACCUGCGUUUGGUUGUAUGCAUCGGGACCCUGGGAUGAAAUGGCGAUUGAGUGAUACAGAUGGGUCUUCUUGAAAGGCUGUUGGUGGCUCUUGGUCAAAAGGAAGGUCCAAACUAUAAAAUGAAGUCAGGGCCGCUCAGGAAAGCUUACGGGUAUUUGAAUAGUUGUGUGAUAGAAUGGCGAUAUUGACUUAAGAACGCAGGAUAAAGAAUGUAGCAUUGAAUCCUUGCGUGUCUUCUCUAUGAAGAUAGAAUGAGUAAAGAUUUGAAUUGCAGAAAAAUAAAUGAAAUAACUAGGAUUGUGAUUUUGGAUCAAGCCUACAUCGAGCAUGAGUCGUUAAGAUUUGAUUGAUUUAUUAAUGUUGAAUCUUGGUAACUGCUUUAUGUUACUACAUAUAAAGAGUAGUAAUAGCCUUUAUGUAGUAGGAACCAAUUUGAUACUGUUGAAAUUCACAACUUUAUUAUUGGGGGACUUGUAUGUCUCUGUUGCUAAUUACAAAUGUGAUUUUUCUGUAAUGUAAGAGUAAGGUAUGAUACAUGUAAUAUACUUCAAAGUUUUCCCCUAAAUCAAAAUGGCAUAACCAUAAUUAAAUUUUUAUCUUGAUUUUUUUUUUAAAUAAUAGUGGCAAAUUAUUAUUCUUUUCCUCAAAAAAGGAGAAAGAAUUUGUCAAAAUAUGUGACUUGCCUAUAAUGUAAGACCCAACAUAUGUUUUUAACACAGAAUGGUUUUGUAAUCAUGUACAAAAAAGAGUAAUAUUUUGUAUGAUAAUUCACAUUAACAGGAUAUUCAAAUGAAUUGGGAAAUGUUCAUUUUUCUGUUCUUGCUCAUUCACAUGAGUGUGUUAUGAUAAACUUAAGCCCCUUUUACACCUUCACGGAUCAUCCCGGAUUAUCAAUCCGGGGUCAUCCGUGUACAGUCCGCGAUUACCGUGUACAUAAAGACUACUCAUCCGGCGCCAUCCUUGAUGUACCGGCGUAUCCGGGAGAACAUUUUUUCAGUUCACGGACGGAUAAUCAUCCGUGUUUAUUCUUGUAGCCACCUUGUACAUCCGUGUAGCUACCGAAUGUAUCCGGGAGGUCCUUGUUAAUACCGGCUAUAUCCGGGGUUGAAAAUUUUCAAUUUUUUGCGCACAUGAACAAUAGUCCGUGUUCAUGGCCAUGUAUGUAUACGCUUCAGACGUUGCCAAAAUAAAAGAAACUUCAAUCUUGGCCAAAGCUCUAGAGAUAUCCCAGUAGAGACCGUAAAGAUCCGUGUAAGGACCCAGUAACAUCCAUGUUGACUCCCGGUAGCUUAUCAAGCAGGUCCCUGGUGCUGCCUUGUCUGUCCUUGUAGAAACUACACUUUUCCGUACACUUCCGAGUUAAUACCCAGUUAAAUACGUAUUCACUCCGGCAAUGGUGGAAAAUUCCAAUUUGGCACCCCGGGUCACCACGGACUGAGAUCCGUGUUGCAUCAUGGAAGGUGUAAAAAAUGGGCUUAGGUUGUUUAGCAACAUCACAUACUGCACUGGAAAUGGUAUCAUAUAAAGCAAGAUAAAUCAGUACCUUUCAUGCAUACUUAGAGAAACAUACCAAAAUAUACUUAAUAAUUCACUAAUUUUAUCUCUUAGAGUGACUGUAUAAAAGUUGCUUGCAAUUUAUUUAUUUCUGAUAUUUCAGGUGGCCCUUUUAACAAAAGAACAACAAAUAAUAUUAAUAAUGAAAAUAUUAGGUAAGUAAUGAACAAGAUACAGUAAUAAAUAAUAUAUACAGGCACAAAAUAUAUGUAAACAUGUUGUUCAUUUGAUAAUCAAUUUUGACAACUUGAAAUCAAAUUUGUGUAUUUAAAUUUUGAAGGUAGAGCAUAAAAUAACAUAAUAACAUGGACCUGGCCACGGAGAAUUAUCUAUUGUUACUGAAUCACUGAAUGCUAAUAAACAAACAAAAACAUAAGACCAUCACAUUCUUUUAUAAAACUGACAAAUUUAACUAUUUCAGUGACAUAGUCUUACUUAUACUGAUAGAAAUGCCCCCUCCCCAUUAUAAUCAUGCAUUAAAACUGCCACCUCAUUGUACCGUCAAAGAAACAAAUGCCUAAUUUCAGGCAAAGAAAUUAAAAAAGGGCAUUUAUUUUCAAGUUGUGUUUAAAGGUGAUUUUAAAUUGUUAGGCAUGAGGUCAUUAACUGUGUCCUCUCUAAACACUAAAUUAAAUAGUGUUUGAGAAUUGGCAACCAUAGAGACAGUAUUUUUAGUUUUCCAAAGUUUAGCAUUUAUGAAGUUAUAGGCAAAUAUGUAUUAAUACAUAAUCUUGCUUUAUGCCCUUGCAAAUUUUUGUGGCAAUUGUGUUAUUAGCGGCUGAGAUUUGAAUAGGGUUGGGGUCAUAUUACGUCCCACUCUUAGUAAAAGAAAAAUGGUCUUAACCCUAAAAGAACUGGGGGGCCCCCUCCUCAACGCUUCGCACGAUAUUUCUGAAACUAGCACCGCAAAUUUUAUUACUUUUAUAAGUCUCGAACACAUUUUGAGACCAAAUUCGGGACAUACGGGUAUAGCAUACUGACUUUUUAUGUCAUGCCGAAAAUGGCUCAUUUUUAUACUUUGUGUACAAAGUCUACGGAAGAUGAAAUUCAUAAAGGGUGAUUAUUUUUCAUUCUAAUUGCUCAAUUAAUUUAGGGUUUAAUUUAGUUGGUAAAUGGGAGAUAAUAAUUUCCAUUG